AUGUUAGCCAGUUUCCUCAGUCUUCCUUCUGAACUCCGGAACGAGAUAUACAAGCAUCUCCUAGUGUGCAGGGAGCCUGUUAGGCCCUGGAACGCAGAAAAUAAGCUUACGACUAAUCUCCUUUUCACGAACACAACAGUCCUACGUGAGGCCAGCUCACUACUCUAUGGCAACAACUGUUUCGACCUCACCGCUUGGAAUGCUGAAUUAAUAAUCGAAUUCCUUGACGCUAUUGGAUUCAUCAACGCAUCUUACCUUCAGUAUAUCCGCAUCGACUUUCUUGGACUUCGCGACCUUGGAGACGAGGUCAGUCUGGAAGAAGGUAUCCGUCGUAUCUUGGGAAAAAUCCAGUCACACUGCACCAACCUCAAAUCCCUCACAAUCACCCCUUUAACCACAUAUCUCAUGGAGUGUAUGAUAGAUUCAUUUGACAGCCCUGUAAAAUUUUGCAGGGCAUUAGCGUUGGUUGCCUCUCAAUUCAGGACAAUCACAUCGCUCCAAGAAAUUAUCGUGGAAGUUCGUGAGAACCGUCUAAGCUCAGAUAUUAGGAGGAAAAUGCAGAGUCAUGGGUGGACACUUAAGGUGGUGGAGCUAGUGGAAAAAGAGGAGCGGGACGAUGGUAGAGAUUUGGAUGAAAUUGAAGAUGAUGAUUAUCCUUAUGACGACGACGAUGAUGAUGACUAG